ACAUGCGAUUUGCUUGCGAUGCGAUUUUUGCAGUGAAUUUUUCUACAUAAUUAUCUUUAAAAUAACAUGUAAUAAUUUUCACUAAAUAAUCGCAUGAUAUCAUGAAUAAAACAAUAAAGUUCUUAGAUGUGUAGGUUUAAGAAACGCUAGAUUUAUAAAUAGUGAACGGUUAAGCUUUAUAAAUCCAAUUAGAAGUCAUCAUGACUCUCGCAGAGUUUUUUAGUUGUUCUCUACUCGCUUUCGGGCCACCUUUCGCGAUGUUUGCGUUGACGAUCGCGAACGACCCGGUCCGGAUCAUCAUAAUGAUCGCUGCAGCGUUUGGUUGGCUUGUGUCGUUCUUACUGUCGUCUCUAAUAUGGUUCGCAGUAAGCCCUCUACGAUCAUACUUGGCCUUUGGAAUGGUGUUUGCGAUAAUAAUGCAGGAAGCUUUUCGCUAUGGAAUGUACUUGCUGCUGCGGAGGACAGAAGCAGGUCUGAAGGAGAUCUCGGAGAAUCAUGAGAUCUGCAGCAACAAGCUGGAGAUGGCCUACGUCUCGGGGCUGGGCUUUGGCACUAUGAGUGGGGCAUUUGCACUUGUCAAUGUACUUGCAGAUUCAGUGGGUCCAGGCAGCGUGGGCCUCCACGGCGGCACAGAGUUCUUCUUUGUAACGAGCGCAGCCAUGACUCUGUGCAUGAUUCUUCUCAACACAUUCUGGAGUGUCAUCUUCUUCAAUGGCCUAGACACUAAAAACUAUUCCAAGAUUAUAUGGGUCAUUGGAUCACACUUCUUUGUGUCAGGUCUCAGUUUACUUAACAAAAAGGAGUUGUAUGUAGUAACAAUCCUACCGUCGUAUAUAAUACUCAUUGUCACAGCUGUGAUAGCCUUCAAGUGUGCGGGAGGCUCCAGCAAGGGACUCAUACAGAGCUUUACGGGCAGACCUUAAGACAUUCACUUGUAUAUUAAGUUUCAGAUGUUUCUAAUGUAAUUAACGUAGUUAAUAAUUGAAAUUGAGACAACCUCAUGAAAAAAUAAAGCGCAUCACUCGUCUGCAGAGUGGAAUGGCGUUGAGGAGCUGCAUCUUUUUAAAACAACUCAAACUCAACUUUAUUUACUUUGUCAUAGUGGCUGCGGCGUAAUUACGGCUUUCAGGCUCCACUGCGUUUUGUCAUUAUGAAAAUUCCCACAGUAUACUUCUUUUAUUUAGAUAAUUCUUAGAUUCUUAGAUAAUUUUAUUUCAUCAAUUUUACUU